AUGACGAUGUUGCGGAUCCUAUGUAUAUUUUUUGUAGCAAUCGUCAAAGUAACGCACGGCUUUUCGGACAUUGGAAAAUGGGAUUUGCCGCUGAAUGGGGACAAUUGUGUGUUUACACUAGCUAAGUCACUAUUUAAGGAUUCUCAGCUUAUUAUAAUGUUUAAAUGCGACGUAGUGAAUGCGACUGAUGUGAAUAUCAACUACCAGUGGGCGAAAACUAAAUGUUCUCCGGAUUAUUUGCAUUAUUUUGAACAGCAAGUAGUGUCUUGCACAAAUAGAGUGGAACGGUUCGCCGUUGACCUAAACGGCACCGGUACUAUACAAGUACUGAAAGAUGAAAAAACAAAGAUCUCAUGCCAGCAUCCGAAUCAGAUCAUAUUCUUGGAGCCGGCGCAGCCUGCAGAAACGAAGAAAGAUGGGGUGCCUACUGUGUCAAAAUCAGCGCGACACACACUGUUGACUGUAGAAUCAGAAGGUAUUUACGUGCUGAAGAUGACGGUCUCAUCAAACAAACAGUUCAAGGCCACAGCCAGUAUAGAAAUGGCGGCGCCUUCUGGGUACCUCUCUGCUGCCAUCUGGCCGCUAUUACCGUUCUUCGGCGUGAUGUGUGGCGUGUACAUCGUGUUGUGCUUCGGUUGGCUGGUGGUCUGCUCGCUGCAGUGGCGCGACCUGCUCCGCAUCCAGUACUGGAUCGGGGGCGUCGCUCUACUCGGACUCAUCGAGAGCUCCACGUACUACGCUGUGUAUUCUGCUAUUAAUAGCUCUGGUAACUUCAACACAGAAGUGUACAUGUUUGCUGAAUGGCUGUCAGUCGCCAAGCGGGCGCUAGCGAGGAUGUUGGUCAUCAUCGUCUCCUUAGGAUUUGGUAUUGUCAAGCCUCGCCUAGGCCCUGCCCUACAGCGAGUGGUAGGUACAGGAGUACUAUGGGGCAUCCUGGGCGGUAUCAACGCGUGGCUCCGUCUGCACCACAAGGCCAACGACUCCAACCGAGACCUGUUGCUGUCCGAAGUGCCGCUGUCUUUGUUGGACAGCGCCAUCUGUUGGUGGGUGUUCGUGUCACUUGCACAUACGAUGAGGACUCUGCAGUUACGGAGAAACAACAUAAAGUUGUCGCUGUACAGACAUUUCACGAACACGCUGAUAUUCGCGGUGAUAUCAUCCGUCGUGUUCAUGUUGUACUCUAUCAAGUCGUACCGAGUGCUUCCCUGUAUUACUGAAUGGAAAGAAGUAUGGAUGGACGAGGCGUACUGGCACAUGUUGUUUGCUAGCGUGCUGACCGUCAUCAUGAUCCUGUGGCGACCCACCAACAACAAUCAACGAUACGCAUUCACGCCACUACUUGAUAACGCUGACGAUGACGAAGAAGAAGAAGAACAGUUUGUAAACGACGCGUAUGGCGUAAAAAUGCGCGGCACGAACUCAACGACCGACACAGCUGAGGCGAGGGACGCGCAGGAACAAAACAACUCGUUAGACUCCGACCUACGCUGGGUGGAAGAAAACAUUCCUACGAGCACGCUGCCACUACUCGACUCCGACGAAGAAAUCAUUAAUACAAAGUUUGAAGUGUCUAAAAUGCAGUAA